CGCUUCGCCGACGCCUCCGGCGGCGUCUGGUCCGUCUUCCACGCCGGCGUCAUCGGCCGCGGGCCGAAACCGGCGGCGGGCCCGGGGCGGCGGAGCGCCGAGGAGCUGAGCCGCAACACGCAGACCUUCCUGAGCCUGGUGCUGCGCUGCUGCCGCGGCUCGUCCGGCCCGGCCGUGGGCGCCGAGGCCGCCAAGGCGGUGGCGGCGGCGCUGGUGGAAGCCGUGUGCCCCGAGGCCGCCGGCGCCGAGCUGGCGUGGCCUCCCGAGGAGCUCGCCAAAGCCACGGUGGAGCGCGACCUGCGCAUCCUGCGGCGCUUCCGCCGGCACCCGCUGCUCUUCCCGCUCCUGCGCCUGGUCGCCGGCGGCCGCCCCGCUCUGUGCUACUGCUCCGUGCUGCUCCGGGGGCUGCUGGCCGGCCUGGUGGCCCACUGGGACGCGUGCCGCGCCGGCAGCACGCUGGCCUCGCCGUGGCACCUGCGGGCGUCGUGCGCGCUGGUGGCGCUGCUGGCCGAGGGCUCGCUGCUGCCGCCGGUGCUGGGCAACAUGCACGAGCUGUUCCCCGAGCUGGCUCCCUUCGAGGUUCACCUGCUGCUGCUCAGCGUCUGGGGGUACCUGAGGGAGAACAGCCCCCUGCCCCAAAAGUUCACCUUCCAGCCGGAGCUGGGCGCCUUCCGCCGCGAUUUCGGCAGGGACGGGGAGGUGGGGAAGCACCUGGCCGUGCUGCACGCCGUGCUGCACAGGAAUAUUCACCGCCUGGGGCUGCUGGCCGCCAGGUUUUAUCCCUGAGGGGGGGU